AUGUCCGAACACAAAGCUGCAGAACCACCACACAGCCUAGUACCACACCUGCGCACGAUCCUCAACGACCUGCAGAAAGAGCAGUACCCAGAUCUGCCCAAUCCCGAAGGCCUAAAGCGCAGAGCCUCUGUAGCAUUCAUCAUUCGCGUCAAUCCAUCCUAUGCGCAUUGGCCCGAGUCUCAGACACAGAAGCACGAUGAUCUUGAGUCUUACUUUGGCCAAGCAUGGGUACAGCACGGCGAGCCCGAAGUCUUGUUCAUCAAGCGUGCAUCACGGAAGGGAGACAGGUGGACAUCACACAUUGCCCUUCCAGGAGGAAAGCGCGAUCCUGAAGACGCAGACGAUAAGGCAGCAGCAGUAAGAGAAGCAUGGGAGGAGGUGGGCGUAGAUCUGGACAAGUAUGCUGUCGAGUGUGGCAAUCUGCCUCAGAGACUUGUGACGACACAUUGGGGCAAGAAGCCUUUGUUGGUGCUGUGCCCGUACGUCUUCCUGGUGACGCAGCAUGAGAUACCACCACUCAAGCUCCAGCCAACUGAGGUCGCGAGCACGCAUUGGGUGCCCUUGCGAUCUUUGCUUUCUCCAUCACAACGUACCAUAGCCUUUGAGGAUGUGUCGAGCCGAAUCGCGAACCAGGAGACUGGUGUAAAGAAAUGGAUGCUCAGCAUGAUCUUGGGCAAGAUGAUGUUCGCAGCUAUCAACCUGGAGCCGACAGAGUCUCUACACAGUGUCGAAUCGCCUGCACAAGAUACUUUGCAGGACAAUAGACAUGCGCGGCUUGGUCGCAUCGAUCAGCUCAACGAGCUUGGAAGCAGGUUAUGGCGGAGCGAUCUCUUCAACCAGUUCCCUCCGCCGAAGAACGAUGGUCCUCUCCUGCUCUGGGGUUUGACACUAGGUGUCGUGAGCGACUUCCUCGACCUUGUGCCACCGCAUAAUGCCCUCGAGCUAUGGACGUACCCUAGCUUCACGCCUCUUGACGUGCGCUUCGCAGUGUGGCUCCUGACCUACAACUUCAAGAACCGAAAACGUGCCGAGCUACAAUCAGGCGCAGAGUUCAAAGCCAUGAAGCCAUCCUUCGGCGGCGCAUCAGAAAGUGGUGUAGGCGUUGCAAGCGCUGGGGCAAGUGGUUACGCAACACCUGCUGGGGCUGGAGCAACGUUUCCAGAAGACCCCAGCGUUUCUUCCACAGUCCUCGUUGAGCGACCGAAUGAGCUUCUACGGAAAGCGCUGCAGCCGGAUGAGACUGGGUUCCACGGUCUCGGAAGCGGCGUUGGCGCAGGAGAGGUGAAGGAAAAGAAAGCUGCGGUACAGACAAUACUUGAAGGGUUCGUGGAACGUGUCGCGAAACUUGCGCUGCCAGAAAUCUCUAACCGCGGCAGAUACUAUGUGAUUAUACGACGAGCCGUGGCGAUGGCGUUGGUUGGGAGGGCGAGCGUGGCUGUCGUUCUGGCCGUGCUGCUGUGGAAGCGGUUUCCGAAAAUGUGGCCGGCGAGGAUAAAGCGACUCCUGCAGCGGUGA